AUGUCGGUACGAUUCAGGCAAAGGAAGAUCCUGGUAAAACAAAAUUUGCAUAUUUAUAAACAAACGGAGUUAAAUUCAAAUGAUUUAGAAUUGAGUCAAAUUAAUCAUUUAGAUACCAGAAAAGAUGAUAUUAACUCAAUUGAAGCUGGUGUGGAAGGUGUUGAUAAAACAGAGCAAGAUGAAAUACAUUUGCAACAAGUUAUAAAUGCUGCUCAAAAAUUUCUAUCGAGUAAAAAAACUGAAGCUCAAUUAUUUAUACCUACGCCGGAUGCAAGUAGAAUAUGGGAUGAUGCUAAGAAUUAUUAUCAACAAGAUUUCAAAGAAAGUAAAUCAUAUAUAUGUUAUGGGUUUACUUAUGAAAGCUUAUCCUAUUGUAUGGAUGAAGAAGAUGAAGAAUUUUUUAAAUCACUAAUUAAACCAAAAAAGAAGAAAGAAGAUGCAAUUAGUGAGUUGGAAUUUGAAAUUAUUAUAGAACAUUUUGAGAAAGUUAUAGAGACUAAACAACCUUUUUUAUCGAUGGAUCCAACAAAUAUAUUAUCUUAUGAAGAAAUUUCAACUUAUAUAAUAGAUCAAUACAAAUCAUCAGUUAAAUCAACAAAACCAUAUAUAGAAUUGUCUAGUGGGAUACUAAAUUAUAUACCAACAAAUACAUUGAAAGAAAGAUUGGGCAAAGAAUUAAAUUUUCAAAAUUUUACCACAAUUUUUGAUAAGGAAACCAAAGAAACCCCAAGGUCAAUUUUGAAAUUACUUGAUCUAUUUGGUAAAUCAGUCUAUGAACAUUGGAAGAAGAGGAAAAUAGAAAGAAAUGGAAAGAGUAUUCAACCAAGUUUAAAAUUUGAAGAUCCAAACGCAAAUGAAAAAGAUAAUGAUAAUGAUCCCUAUGUAUGUUUUAGAAGACGUGAGUUUAGACAGGUUAGAAAAACAAGAAGAGCUGAUACUUUGGGUGCUGAAAGAAUUCGUUUAUUACAAAAAUCAUUACAAAAAGCUAGAGAAUUGGUUUUAAAUGUUAGUGAAAGAGAAAUUUUAAAAGCAAAAACUUUUCAAUCUGAACGUGAAUUAUUCAAAUUAAGAUGUGAAGGUAAAUCAUUAAAGAGGUCAUUGAAUUUGAAAGAAAAUGAUGAUCAUUUAUAUUUUGCAUAUAAGAGAAGAAAAAUCAUUAAACCUAAAGAAGAUGAAGAAGAAAAGAAAGUUAAAGAAAAGAAGAAAGAAGAAAGACAACAACAACAACAACAACCUCCACCACAACUGCAAACUGAAGGUACAUCAACAAAUCAACCAUAUGUUAAACUACCACCUUCUAAAAUUCCUGAUAUGGAUUUGGUUACAGUAUCAUUGGUAUUGAAAGAAAAGAAUGAUACUAUAAGAAGAGCUGUUUCUGAAAAACUACGAAAACGUAAGGAACAAGAUAAAGGCUUUAUUAAUUUAACUGAUGAUCCAUAUGAACCAAUAUUUGAUAUAUCAACCAAUCAGCAUAUACAAGAAAUUUCUCACAUACCAUAUUCAUCAAUAGCUGCAACGAAUUUUUAUCAAUUCAAUACAUCAAAUUAUAUUGGUGAUCCACUAAAAAAACUUAUUGAAGACGAUCAUUCAUUACCUGGAGUCAAGUCGAUUAAAGGUUCAAACGGUGAAUUGAUACCAAAUAAAGCAUUUCCUCAUUUACUGUCAAUAACUGAAAAUAACCAACCAAAAUCAUAUAUUGAAUUGUUAUUAGAAAAUGUUGAAAAUAAUUACUAUAAUAAUUAUACAUCUGGUUACACGCACGGUAUCAAAGAAGAGACAAAAAUUUCAGAUCCUAUUUUUAGAUUACGUAAAAGACAAGGUAGAGCUGGUACAUUCAUUGAUAGAAGAGGUAUAAUUAAACCAAUUGAAUUGAAUGAAUCAGAUGAUAGUCAAUUUAGUCAUGAAAAUAAAUUUGAUCAGUUGAAACGAUUAGAAUCCAAUUGGAGAUUUGAUGAUGAUUUAUCUGAAUAUCAAAAAGGUAGCAUUGAUCCAUUCAGUUUAGAUCCUUCUAAAUUGAAUAGUAUUAGUGAUGAAACUCAAGCUAUACGUUUUGGAUCUAUGUUAUUAUCUAAAUCUUAUGGAUUAUUAAAAGAAUCAGUUCAACAAAAGCAACAAAUGUAUCUUCAACAAGCAAGAAUGAGAGCACUACAUAAUCAACAAGCUCAAAAACAACAUCAACAACAACAACAACAACAACAACAAAUUCAAAAAAAACCUACUCCACAGCCACCUCAAAAAUUACAAUCACAAUUUAAGAAAACAAGUCAAAGUCCAGUUUAA